AAAAAAGUGAUGAAACUAACCAGAGGAAAAGCACGGUCUUUGCUCUGUGCUACCAUGCACAGCAGAGCUGCUUCUCGCUGCCUAUAAAUCAGAGACAGAAAAAAAUGUCAGGGACUGCAAACAAAAGAAACGCUUGGGGAUUGGAUAAAAUGUGAAUGGGAGUUAGAGGAAGAGAAUAAAGCGGGUGUGCUUCACAGGAAUAAAAAGCUUGCUGAAGAGAACAAGGAGGGACACGAAACUGGUCAUGGUACAACGGAAACAAAUGGGAAGGAGCCAAGCAUGUCCUCCUGCUAAGAUCUGGGAGACAAAUAUAUCCCAGAGGGGCAAGAAACCUCCUUCUGAGUGGAGUAAAUGGGAGUUGCUGACUAUUUUUGGCACUGUCUUUCUCCUGCUCUACAUCUUGCUAUGUUACGAAAACUUCCAUUUCCAUGUGGCUCAUAUGUAUGCUCACCUAGGAUAUCCCAACGCCCAGCAUAUUGUGGGACAGAGAUAUUUAACAGGAGCUGGGGUGCAAAAGAAUGAAGAAAAAGCUAUGCAAUGGUUCAGUCAAGCGGCAGAGAAGGGCCACCCUCACUCCUCUUUUAACUUGGCUGUUGGAAAACUGAAGAAUAUGACGAUGGAUCUUGGAGAAGGGGAAGUGGAAAAACUUCUCAGUGUAGCUGCUGGUCAUGGACUCCAUGAGGCCCAGAAUCUCCUAGAGAACAUCAGGAACAGAAAUCAAGCCUGAGAAACUGGCACUGCUUAAGAACAAGAGGAUAAGUUCCUUCUCUCCAAAUACAUUUUCCUGUUUUUUUCACUACUACAUUGUUGUAACUUGAAACCACCAUUUCUGUCUUGUGCUCCAUGUUAAUUGGUG